GGUUGUGGCGUUGUGGCGUUGUGGUUGUGCUUUGCCUGUGGGGACUUGCGGCCAGCAGCUGGCGUUGUUCCCCAUGAGCUGAGUCGGUAGUUAUCGUACUCCGAGCAGCGAUGGGGUACCUCAAGUACAUUGAGGUAGAGAACUUCAAAUCGUACCGGGGACUCCAGCUCAUCGGACCCCUGAAGCCAUUCACGGCGAUCAUCGGACCCAAUGGAUCCGGCAAGUCCAACUUCAUGGAUGCCAUCAGCUUCGUGCUGGGCGAAAAGAAGAACUGCCUUCGUGUCAAGAAACUCAGCGACUUGAUUCACGGAGCACCAAUCGGACAGCCGGUGUCAAACAGAGCCCACGUGACGGCCGUGUACUGCAACGAAGACGGCACCGAGACCCACUUCACACGCCUGGUGGCACACUCGUCAUCCGAGUUCCGCAUUGACAAUGAGGUGGUGAGCCAAGACGAGUACCUGAACAGGCUGGAAGGACUGCGCAUCAACGUCAAGGCCAAGAAUUUCCUGGUGUUCCAGGGCGAUGUCGAGACGAUCGCCAUGAAGAACCCGAAGGAGCGCACGGUGCUGUUCGAGGAGAUCUCGCACUCGCUCGAGCACAAGGCUGAGUACGAGCAGCUGCGCAGUGAGAUGAUCAAGGCCGAAGAGGACACGCAGUUCUCGUACCAGAAGAAGAAGGGCAUAGCUGCCGAGAAGAAAGAGGCCCGUCUCGAGAAAGAGGAGGCCGACAAGUAUCAACGCCUCAAGGAGACCCUGGCCGAGCGACAGGUCGUUUCGCAGGCCUUCCAGCUAUACCACAUCCAGCGCGACCUCGACUCGCUUGCUUCAGACAUGGCCUCCAAGACCAACGAGCUGCAGCGUCACGUUCGCAAGAAGGAGAAGAUUGAGGAGGAAGUGCGCGACAAACGCAAGGAACAUGGCCGCCUGCAGCGUGACAUGGCCAAGAUUGAGCAGCAGAUCCGCGAGGCUGAUGUUGAGCUGAACAAGCGGAAGCCGGCCUUUAUCAAGGCCAAGGAGCGGACAGCACACAUGCAGAAGAAGCUGGAGGCUGCUCGCAAGUCGCUCAAGGCAGCCAAGAAAGUGGACGAGACACACCAGGGCGAGAUUGCCGAGCUCGAGAAGGAGCUUGAGGAAGUGGCCGAGCACAUGCAGGAGUUCGAGCAGCAGCUCAGCCAGGAGAGCCAGGGCCGAGACGUCUCGCUGGAGGACUCGCAGGUGCGCGAGUACCACCGGCUGAAGGAGGAGGCUGGCCGGCAGGCGUCGCUGCACCUGCAGAACUUAGACUCUGUGCGGCGUGAGCACAAGUCAGACCAGGACCGGCAUGACAAUGAGUUGCGCAAGCGCAACGAGGUCCAGGCGAAGCUCAAGCAGAAGAAGGCCGAGCUGGAGGAGAACGUGCGGCGCGUCGACAAGCUGGCCGAGCAGAUCCGGUCGAGCGAGGCGAGCCUCGAGGAGCUGCGCCGACAGGAGCAGGAGGUGUCGCAGGACGUGGCCGCCGCCAAGGGCCGCGUGGCCGAGAUCAACCGCGAGCUGGAGGCUUUGAUGAACGAGCUGGGCGACGCCAAGGUGGACAAGCACGAGGACUCCCGGCGCCGCAAGAAGGCCGAGAUCGUGGACCACUUCAAGCAGUUGUACCCGGGCGUGUACGACCGGCUGGUCAACAUGUGCCAGCCCAUCCACAAGAAGUACAACGUGGCCAUCACCAAGGUGCUCGGCAAGAACAUGGAGGCCAUCGUGGUAGACUCGGAGAAGACGGGCCGUGCCUGCAUCAAGUACCUGAAGGAGCAGAUGCUCGAGGCCGAGACAUUCCUACCGCUCGACUACAUUGAUGCCAAGCCGCUCAAGGAACGUCUCAGGUCCAUCACGAAUCCCAAGAACGUGAAGCUGCUGUACGAUGUGCUCCAGUACGACCCUCCAGCCAUCAAACGGGCUGUGCUGUAUGCCACCAAUAAUGCCUUAGUUUGCGAGACAGCCGACGACGCUAGCCGUGUGGCCUAUGAUCUCGGAGACAACAAGAGUGUGGCUUCCAGGUAUGACGCAGUGGCGCUGGACGGCACGUACUACCAGAAGAACGGCUUCAUCUCGGGCGGCAGCACAGACCUGGCCAAGCGGGCGCGCCGCUGGGACGACAAGGCCUUCCACACGCUCAAGGCACGCAAGGAGAAGCUCACCGAGGAGCUGAAGGAGAUGAUGAAGCGCACCCGCAAGGAGUCGGACCUCACGACGCUGCAGUCGCAGAUCCGGGGCCUGGAGACACGCGUGCGCUACUCCGUGACGGACCGCGACAACAUCCGCAACAAGAGCAUGGCCAACUUGGAGAAGGAGAUUGCCCGCCUCGAGCAGGAGCUGAACCGGCAGGAUCCGCUGCUGAAGAAGCUCGAAGAGGAGAUGCGAGCCAAGGAAGCGCAGGUGGACGAGCUCAAGGAGGCACAAAACGGCAUCGAGGACCGUGUAUUCACCGAAUUCUGUGCCAGCAUCGGCGUCGACAACAUCCGGCAGUACGAGGAGCGGGAGCUGCGUGCCACCCAGGAGCGUGACCGCAAGCGGCUCGAGUUUGAGAACCAGAAGAGCCGCAUCGUCAACCGCCUCGAGUACGAGCGCUCGAAGGACACGGGCGAGAACGUACGCAAGUGGAAGAAGACUGUCGAGGACGACGAGAAGGAGCUGGAGAACCUGAAGCAGGCCGAGCAGGCCCAGAUGCACUCCAUCGACGAGCAAAUGCAGGCUCUGGAGAAACUCAAGAGCAACAAGAUCAGCAAGAAACAGGAGCUAGACGCCGCGGAGGAGAGCAUGGGCGAAAUCCGCAAGCGGCUGACGGCCGUGCAGAAGGAAAUUGCGAGCGUGCAAAAGGCACUGACUGCCCUUGAGGCACGUCAGGAGCAACGGCGCCAGGACCGCCAUAGCGUCUUCCAGACGUGCAAACUCGAGCAGAUUCCCUUGCGCCUGGUGCGCGGGAACCUUGAAGACUUGGACGCCACGGCUCAGACAGACGACGGAGCGGGAGGCGACGAAGUGGCCGCUUCCCAGGCCAGCAUCACCAAGGUGUACGAGCGGGAAGGCCACAUCGAGGUGGACUACUCCGUUCUGCCAGAUGAACUGACUGAGUUGGACACCCCGGAGGAGGUCAAACGGGAGGGCAACCGCCUCAACAAGGAGAUAGCCGACAUGCAGAGUCACCUGCAGCGCAUCCAGGCACCAAACAUGCGGGCAAUGGAGAAGCUGGACGGUGUGAAAGAACGGCUGAAGGAGACGGACACCGAGUUCGAAAAUGCACGCAAGCGUGCGAAAAAAGCCAAGAUGGCGUUUGAGAAAGUCAAGCGUGAACGGCACCACAAGUUCACCGCCUGCUUCGACCAGGUGUCCAACCGCAUUGACGAGAUUUACAAGGCUCUGACGAACAAUGCCAGUGCCCAGGCAUUCCUCGGACCCGAAAACCCCGAGGAGCCGUACCUGGAGGGCCUCAACUACAACUGCGUGGCGCCUGGCAAACGCUUCCAGCCCAUGAGCAAUCUGUCCGGUGGUGAAAAGACGGUGGCUGCCCUUGCCUUGCUGUUUGCCGUGCACAGCUACCAGCCGGCGCCGUUCUUUGUGCUCGACGAGAUCGAUGCGGCGUUGGACAACACCAACAUCGGCAAGGUGGCAAAUUUCAUCCGCAAGCAGACGGAGACCUCCUUCCAGUGCAUUGUCAUUUCUCUCAAGGAGGAGUUCUACAGCCACGCUGAUGCCCUAGUUGGCAUUGUGCCUGACCCUGGGGAGUGCACGAUCAGCCGAGUGCUGACCAUGGACCUGUCUGAGGUGCCCGAGGGUUAAGGACACCGGAGCUCCUCUCUGCGAAUGGCACUGGGGGAAAAGGGGGCGACAGUCUGAGGAAGUAACGUGCUUCGGGCCAAGAUCCUCUUUACAGUUUUUAGAAUGGUGUUUUAGCCAUGACGUAUGCCUACCCGGUUGGCAUUAGGGCUUAUGUUGAAAGUAAGAAAAGCCUAACCCCCUGCUGCUGUGGUCUUCCACCCGUGGCACAACCCUUGCUUUUAUAAAAAAAAAACAGUUUAAUGCAGUAGGAACUUCUGAGAUCGUGCAGGCACUGCGAAGCGUCACCACCGUGGGCAGUGCCUCAAUGAUGACAUUCAGGCUGCUCCGUCACACAGAGCAAGCUACCAAAGUAUGCCUGUUACUGAACUGCAAGAACCGUUCAAAUUUAAGUUUGCGGCUGUUGAGGAUCCAAGGGCGCUUCGGUGGAGUGACACCCCCCCCCCCUUUUCCAUUUUUACUGUACAUUCACUCAUUCAUUUCAUUGCUUUUCAUCCGAGCCUGUAUUGCUUGUACAUUGCGAUGCUUAACAUCAAUCUCACAGCAGCAGGGGAAUGUGAUACAUUUUUUUUUCAUUCAGAAUUUACCGUUUAUUCAUUUUAAUAUAUGAGGAAGUUUAACAGUUUGGUGUGACCAUGAAGUUCACGUUUUCGUAAACUUUGUAUAGCUGCUCACACGUACAGUGAACCUGUGUAAGUAGCAUUGAUUUAAGUAUUGCCGUUCAGGCACCAAGUCGUGUGACCUGAGCAGAUGAAGCAUUUUAUCUCAUCUUGACGAACGCUUGUGGGAUGGGUGACAUGAGACUUUUUUUCUCAGACUUUUAGCACUUUUUUGUGCUUUUAAGUUGCACCUACAAGCUUUUUAACUUGAAAAUGUGGCUGCUUCUAGGAGCCUGCGGGAGCGAAAUAUUUUUACCCUUCUCUGGUUCUUGGAAUAAAUGCAGUUUUUGUCAG